AUGGCAGCCCUUCGAAACGAGCAGGAGAAACCUUCACUUGCCAUUUGGGUCAAAGACGCUCUAGUGGAACUCCAUAACAGUGGAGAGAUUGUUCUCCCGGCAGAUAUUGAUGCGCUGGAGGCUUCCGCUGUGAAACUAGGAUUUCAAUGGGCACCCCAUGCCGAACAGGGCGAAGGGGCCACGGUCAUCAAUGAUGCCUUUUAA